AUGCCAAAACAACUCACCAGCAAGAAACCAAGAAAAUUGAACAAAAGUGUAAAGAAGGAAACUGAUCAAGCCACACAACCAGAUAACGUAUCCAUUGCUUCAUCUUCGACAUCAUCAUGUCCUUCAUCGCCACCUUCUUUACCAAGGAUUAAGAAAUUAAAUUCCUGUGAGAAGAAAGUUAAAGUUGACCUCUCACUAAUUAUCAAUCAAGAGAAUCAUCUACCUCUUCUUUUAACACAAGAUUUCAAUAGAUUGGAAAUUCAGUCCUCGAGUGGAUUAACGUUAGAAGUGUUGCAACACUUUUUGAAUUCAGAAAAGUGCAGAAAUAUCACAAGUCUCAGAUUUGGCAGAAUGGAUUUUGAUGAUGCGGCAAUAGUAGCCCUUGUUGAAAGCCCAUUCCUAACAAAUGUGAAAGAAUUAGAACUGUUUUGCUCGAAUAUUAGUCCAGACUCGUUUGGGAUGCUAGCAAAUUGUUCGAAACUUUUAACUCUCGAAACUCUAAUUAUUCACAAUAAUCCAGAUUUCGGUCCUAAAAGUGUUAAAUCACUCGUUCAAUCUCCAUAUCUUGUAAAUUUGAAACGUCUCGAAUUGGUGAAUACCUUUAUUGGUGAUGAGGGUUUGAAAAUUCUCUGUGAGUCAAACAAAUUCGAGCAUGUCAAGAGGUUAAAUUUGCAAGGAAAUUUACUCACUGAUUCCUCGUACCAACUGUUGAGAAACACUCAAUGGAUUAGAGAUUUAGAUAACUUGGUGGUAUGUGGAAAUUAUUUGGUAAAAUCUCUCAAUAAGAAAAAGGCCCUCGAAUUGAAAGAUACCAUGCUUGCUUCCCAACUUAAUUAA